AUGGGUGCUGCAUCGAGCACCGAGAGCGAAAGGGAACCACUUAUUUUCCCUUCUAACCCCGAGACUAGCAUUCAGCCAGUUUACAGCCGAGUCUACGGGAGAAGAUGGCUGGUUCUGACUCUGUUUUCUUUGCUGGCGUUCAUGCAAGGGAUGGUAUGGAACACUUGGGGCCCAAUUCAGAACUCUGCCAUUCACGCGUACGAUUUCGCCAAAUCUGACAUCGCCGUGCUGGUUCUGUGGGGGCCAGUGGGGUUCACCCCUUGGCUGCUAUUUAUGUGGCUGAUGGACAAGAAGGGUGAGUUGUUUUGUUCGAGGUGGCAGUUGACAAUACUGUUCUGGAACACAAUGUCCUUUCCUUCAUUUAAAAAAUUGUAUGUCUCCAUUGCCUAAUUAUAUUUCCCAAUGGUUCUUUCAUUGCAUGGUGCAGCGACUUGGGGAUUGUUGACACAUAAAUCCUGAAAAAAACGUUCAAAGGAGAAGGUAUUGAUGAUUAGAUAUCAUAGGUCAUAAUUGAUUAUGACGUUUUUCCCCCAAUCAAAUCAUAAGAAAGGGAAACAAACAUUUCCCUCAAUGUAUACACAACAUCUGUAGAAAAAACUGGCCUAGUUUAAUGUUGGUGGGCCUAUGUUCAGAUAAGAAUAGUGAAGAUAUACAUCCAGUCCCAAGGCUACCUUCAAUUAUUAAACCAUGAGAAAGGGUCUGAACAACAGGUAAACAAUCAAAAUAAUGUUUAUAUCUGUCAUCCCAUGGAAAGACUACAUAUAUUUCACGUGAUCACAUGUCAAGUAUUUCAAAAACACGUUUUCAUGUGAUGUUAUGUGAAGUUAAUGUGAUAACUUGUAAAGCAACAUGUGAUAACAUGAAACUACACAAGAUCAUAUGUGGUGUUCCAGAAACGUGAUUUUCCACAUGUGAAAUCAAGUGUUUUUUCUGUAAGGGAUCAUAUGGGUUGGCCGCACAGAUUGUCUGACACACAGAAAGAACAUAAUGUUUCUGUCUUUUCAGUAAGUUCAAGUCUUUUGUUGAGUAAUCAUUAUGAUCUAGCCACCACAGAAUAACAUGUUCCUGUACGAAAUGGUGACUGACUGACUGACUGCCUUUUUUGCAAUUUUUGCUACGGGCCACUUAUGUUAUUCUGUGAAAUUGUGAAAUGUCUUUCAUCAAGCUCUCAAACAACACAGUCCAGUCAAGUCAAGUGUCGUUUACUGGCUGUUAAAGUAACACUCAUAAGUGCUGCCUACCAGUCAUGCCUGCUAAUCACCAAACCAGUACCUCCACAUCACCUGAUUUAAAACAGUUAGCUAACACCCAGACCACACUGUCAGCUGACAAAAACAUUUUAUUUGUCUCCUUGGAAACAUACAAAAGCAAAUAACAUAUACAGCAUAUGAAAGCAAAGGGCAUCUGUCAUAAGUUUGUGGUUAGUGAUUAGUUAGUCAUCUAGGGACAUCUCAUGACAGUCUCUUUAAAACAAAAAUAUGAAGUGGCUAUUGGGUGUUACAUAGUCAAAGGUUAUAACAGUGUCAUAUCGUUAAUUGUGUUUCGUAACUUUAUUCAUUCAGGGGCAAAUCCUAACUUCCUCCUCAGUCGAGUUUUCACUUAGUCUUGCAUUGAUGUCUAUGGGAGGUUAGGAUUCUCAACCCCUAAGUCAAUAAAACCCCUUGAAAUGUAACUCCUUAAAAGCGUGUGUUAAUCUGUAGCAUGGUUUGGUCUAAGGCCCUUGUCGAGCAGUGAGGUACAGUAGUAGUACGUAAGUCAAUGUCUACAUCCCAAAUGGCACCCUAUUCCCUAUAUUGUCCACUACUUUUGACAAGAGUCUGUGGGGUUUAAGGAUACACUGCGGGCUUGGCUAUAGCAAAGCCUCAUCUCUAAGGUGAAAUAUGCUUGCUCCUGGGAUUUCUCUUACCACCAUUUAAAAAAUGCUGAUGAUCUCUUCUCCUCUGUGGCAUCUGAAAGGCGACAGACAGAGCCCAUCAUAUAUGAUCCAUCUGUGGAAUAGGCUCCUGUAAUAUGCUUAAGUAGAGUGGAGCAUACAAAUGCUGAGGGUGGCAGAAUAUGUCAGAGAAAGGAGAUCACUUGUUGUGAGUUUGCAUUAAAGAGUUGUGUGCUGCGGUGCAUCUGAUAUUCUGAUUUUCUAAAUCAACAUAUUUAUAGCUUUAAAAUUCUGCCAUACGUUGAUUUUCAGAGACCCAUCAGGGAUGUACAUGCAGGCAGGGGUUAUUAUAUGUUGCUCUGCAAAUACAGUAGCUAUGCAGUAACCUUCAAAAGAUGGUGUGCUUGACUCUCAAAUUAAGGAGAUUAUUUCCUAAUCUAGUUAUAUUCCGGCAUGACAAGUCACACUUCUUCUAUUUCUACCUAGUACACUCAAAGUUGGAUAUUUCAGUUUCCGAUUUGUUUCACUGCUGGGUGAUUCCUCACGAAACUAGAACGAAAUAAGACCAUCAUUUUUUUUUUUUUAUUACUAAAUUGAAUCCAUAGAACAGACCUUUGGAGGAAGGAUUGUUGACAUACAGUGGAUAUAAAAAGUCUACACACCCCUGGUUAAAAUGCCAGGUUUUUGUGAUGUAAAAGAAUGAGACAAAGAUAAAUCAUGUCAGAACUUUUUCCACCUUUAAUGUGACCUAUAACGUGAACAAUUCAUUUGAAAAACUAACUGAAAUCUUUGAGGGGGAAAAAUUAAAAAUUAAAAACUCACAAUAACCUGGUUGCAUAAGUGUGCACACCCUUAAACUAAUACUUUGUUGAAGCACCUUUUGAUUUUAUUACAGCACUCAGUCUUUUUGGGUAGGAGUCUAUUAGCAUGGCACAUCUUGACGUGGCAAUAUUUGCCCACUCUUCUUUGCAAAAGCGCUCCAAAUCUGUCAGAUUGCGAGGACAUCUCCUGUGCACAGCCCUCUUCAGAUCACCCCAGAGAUGUUCAGUUGGAUUCAGGUCUGGGCUCUGGCUGGGCCAUUCCAAAACGUUAAUCUUCUUCUGGUGAAGCCAUGCUUUUGUGGAUUUGGAUGUGUGCUUUGGGUCGUUGUCGUGCUGAAAGGUGAACUUCCUCUUCAUCUUCAGCUUUCUAACGGACGCCUGAAGGUUUUGUGCCUGGUAUUUGGAACUGUUCAUAAUUCCUGCCACCCUGACUAAGGCCCUGGUUCCAGCUGAAGAAAAAAAACAGCCCCAAAGCAUGAUGCUGCCACCACCACCAUGCUUCACUGUGGGUAUGGUGUUCUUUGGGUGAUGUGCAGUGUUGUUUUUGCGCCAAACAUACCUUUUGGAAUUAUGGCCCAAAAGUUCAACCUUGGUUUCAUCAGACCAUAACAAAUUUUCCCACGUGCUUUUGGGGGACUUGAUGUUUGUUUUUGCAAACUUCAGCCGGGCUUGGAUGUUUUUCUUUGUAAGAAAAGGCUUCCGUCUUGCCACCCUACCCCAUAGCCCAUUCAUAUGAAGAAUACGGGAGAUUGUUGUCACAUGUAGCACACAGCCCGUACUUGCCAGAAAUUCCUGCAGUUCCUUUAAUGUUGCUGUAGGCCUCUUGGAAGCCUCCCUGACCAGUUUUCUUCUCGUCUUUUCAUACAUUUUGGAGGGACGUCCAGUUCUUGGUAAUGUCUCUGUUGUGCCAUAUUUUCUCCACUUGAUGAUGACUGUCUUCACUGUGUUCCAUGGUAUACAGUGGGGAAAAAAAGUAUUUAGUCAGCCACCAAUUGUGCAAGUUCUCCCACUUAAAAAGAUGAGAGAGGCCUGUAACAAAAUGAGAAAAAAAAUCCAGAGAAUCACAUUGUAGGAUUUUUAAUGAAUUUAUUUGCAAAUUAUGGUGGAAAAUAAGUAUUUGGUCAAUAACAAAAGUUUCUCAAUACUUUGUUAUAUACCCUUUGUUGGCAAUGACACAGGUCAAACGUUUUCUGUAAGUCUUCACAAGGUUUUCACACACUGUUGCUGGUAUUUUGGCCCAUUCCUCCAUGCAGAUCUCCUCUAGAGCAGUGAUGUUUUGGGGCUGUCGCUGGGCAACACAGACUUUCAACUCCCUCCAAAGAUUUUCUAUGGGGUUGAGAUCUGGAGACUGGCUAGGCCACUCCAGGACCUUGAAAUGCUUCUUACGAAGCCACUCCUUCGUUGCCCAGGCGGUGUGUUUGGGAACAUUGUCAUGCUGAAAGACCCAGCCACGUUUCAUCUUCAAUGCCCUUGCUGAUGGAAGGAGGUUUUCACUCAAAAUCUCACGAUACAUGGCCCCAUUCAUUCUUUCCUUUACACGGAUCAGUCGUCCUGGUCCCUUUGCAGAAAAACAGCCCCAAAGCAUGAUGUUUCCACCCCCAUGCUUCACAGUAGGUAUGGUGUUCUUUGGAUGCAACUCAGCAUUCUUUGUCCUCCAAACACGACGAGUUGAGUUUUUACCAAAAUGUUCUAUUUUGGUUUCAUCUGACCAUAUGACAUUCUCCCAAUCCUCUUCUGGAUCAUCCAAAUGCACUCUAGCAAACUUCAGACGGGCCUGGACAUGUACUGGCUUAAGCAGGGGGACACGUCUGGCACUGCAGGAUUUGAGUCCCUGGCGGCGUAGUGUGUUACUGAUGGUAGGCUUUGUUACUUUGGUCCCAGCUCUCUGCAGGUCAUUCACUAGGUCCCCCCGUGUGGUUCUGGGAUUUUUGCUCACCGUUCUUGUGAUCAUUUUGACCCCACGGGGUGAGAUCUUGCGUGGAGCCCCAGAUCGAGGGAGAUUAUCAGUGGUCUUGUAUGUCUUCCAUUUCCUAAUAAUUGCUCCCACAGUUGAUUUCUUCAAACCAAGCUGCUUACCUAUUGCAGAUUCAGUCUUCCCAGCCUGGUGCAGGUCUACAAUUUUGUUUCUGGUGUCCUUUGACAGCUCUUUGGUCUUGGCCAUAGUGAAGUUUGGAGUUUGACUGUUUGAGGUUGUGGACAGGUGUCUUUUAUGCUGAUAACAAGUUCAAACAGGUGCCAUUAAUACAGGUAACGAGUGGAGGACAGAGGAGCCUCUUAAAGAAGAAGUUACAGGUCUGUGAGAGCCAGAAAUCUUGCUUGUUUGUAGGUGACCAAAUACGUAUUUUCCACCAUAAUUUGCAAAUAAAUUCAUUAAAAAUCCUACAAUGUGAUUCUCUGGAUUUUUUUUCUCAUUUUGUUACAGGCCUCUCUCAUCUUUUUAAGUGGGAGAACUUGCACAAUUGGUGGCUGACUAAAUACUUUUUUUCCCCACUGUAUUCAAUGCUUUGGAAAUUAUUUUGUACCCUUCUCCUGACUGAUAUCUUUCAACAAUGAGAUCCCUCUGAUGCCUUGGAAGCUCUCUGUGGACCAUGGCUUUUGCUCUGAGAUGCAACUAAGAAAAUGUCAGGAAAAUCCUAUUAGAACAGCUUAACUUUAUUUGUGAUUAAUCAGAGUCACUUUAAAUGAUGGCAGGUGUGUAAUGACUUCUAUUUAAUAUGAGUUUGAAUGUGAUUGGUUAAUUCUGAACACAGCCACAUCCCCAGUUAUAAGAGGCUGUGCACACUUAUGCAACCAGGUUAUUGUAAGGUUUUCAUUUUUCAUUUUUCCCCCUCGAAGAUUUCAGUUUGUUUUUCAAUUGAAUUGUUCACGUUAUAGGUCACAUUAAAGGUGGAAAAAGUUCUGACAUGAUUUAUCUUUGUCUCAUUCUUUUACAUCACAAAAACCUGGCAUUUUAACAGGGGUGUGUAGACUUUUUAUAUCCACUGUAUAUUUGAAAUGUGUAUCUUAAAUCAUAAUUGAGAAAUAAUUAAUUAAAGUUGGAAUAUUUGUGACAUUUUGGCCUUACCCAGACCUCUCAUAUGAUGCUUUACCGCUUGCUCUGUAAUAUGAGUAGUAUUUGAUUUCAAUAAUCCAAAUUUAAAACUAUAAACUAGCAGAUAACUUUAAUAUGCCCAUAGAGUAUAUUAUGUUCAACAAUAUAUAGAAAAAUUAGCCAAAUCAAAAAUGGUAUAUUUGUCAAUGUUCAUAAAUGUACAGUACCAGUCAAAAGUUUGGACACACCUACUCAUUCAAGGGAUUUUCUUUAUUUGUACUAUUUUCUACAUUGUAGAAUAAUAAUAAAGACAUCAAAACUAUGAAAUAACACAUAUGGAAUCAUGUAGUAACCAAAAAAAGUGUUAAACAAAUCUAAAUAUAUUUUUUAUUUGAGAUUCUUCAAAUAGCCACCCUUUGCCUUGAUGACAGCUUUGCACACUUUUGGCAUUCUCUCAACUAGCAUCACCUGGAAUGCUUUUCCAAAAGUCUUGAAGGAGUUCCCACAUAUGCUGAGCACUUGUUGGCUGCUUUUCCUUCACUCUGCGGUCUGACUCGUCCCAAACCAUCUCAAUUGGAUUGAGGUCGGGGAUUGUGAAGGCCAAGUCAUCUGAUGCAGCACUCCAUCACUCUCCUUCUUGGUCAAAUAGCCCUUACAAAGCCUGGAGGUGUAUUGGGUCAUUGUCCUGUUGAAAAACAAAUGAUAUUCCCAUUAAGCCCAAACCAGAUGGGAUGGUGUAUUGCUGAGAAGUGCUGUGGGAGCCAUGCUGGUUAAGUGUGCCUUAAAUUCUAAAUAAAUUACAUACAGUGUCACCAGCAAAGCACCUCCACACCAUAUCACCUCUUCCUCCAUGCUUUACACAUGCGAACUACACAUGCGGAGAUCAUCCGUUCACCCACACAGCGUCUCACAAAGACACGGCGGUUGGAACCAAAAAUCUCCAAUUUGGACUCCAGACCAAAGGACACAUUUCCACCGGUUUAAUGUCCAUUGCUCGUGUUUCUUGGCCCAAGCAAGUAUUUUCUUCUUAUUGGUGUCCUUUAGUAGUGGUUUCUUAACAGCAAUUCGACCAUGAAGGCCGGAUUCGCACAGUCUCCUCUGAACAUUUGAUGUUGAGAUGUGUCUGUGACUUGAACUCUGAAGCAUUUAUUUGGGCUGCAAUUUCUGAGGCUGGUAACUCUAAUGAACGUAUCCUCUGCAGCAGAGGUAACUCUGGGUCUUCCAUUCUUGUGGUGGUCCUCAUGAGAGCCAGUUUCAUCAUAGCGCUUGAUGGUUUUUGCGACUGCACUUGAAUAAACUUUCUAAGUUCUUGAAAUGUUCCAUAUUGACUGACCUUCAUGUCUUAAAGUAAUGAUGGACUGUUGUUUCUCUUUGCUUUUUUGAGCUGUUCUUGCCAUAAUAUGGAUUUGGUCUUUUACCAAAUAGGGCUUUCUUCUGUAUACCCCCCCCCCCCCUACCUUGUCACAACACAACUGAUUGGCUCAAACUCAUUAAGAAGGAAAGAAAUUCCACAAAUUAACUUUUAAGAAGGCACACCUGUUAAUUGAAAUGCAUUCCAGGUGACUACCUCAUGAAGCUGGUUGAGAGAAUGCCAAGAGUGUGCAAAGCUGUCAUCAAGGCAAAGGGUGGCUAUUUGAAGAAUCUCAAAUAUUAAAUAUAUUUUGAUUUGUUUAACACUUUUUUGGUUACUACAUGAUUCCAUGUGUUAUUUCAUAGUUUUGAUGUCUUCACUAUUAUUCUACAAUGUAAAAAAUUGUAUAAAAUAAAGAAAAACCCUUGAAUGAGUAGGUGUCCAAACUUUAGACUGGUAGUGUAUGUAAGAAGUGUGUUUUUUAAAUCAAAAUACUACUCAUUUUACAAAGCUUUGUAGCACCUAAAGAUAUCAUUUCAUAUAGUCUUAAAGGAGGCCUGGGUGAGGCCAAAAUGUUACAAACUACAAUUGCAAUUACAAAAGUAAUUCUCAAAUAUAUGUAAACUCUCCUACCUCUAAAGGAUCCUACUAUGGAUACAAAAUCCCCCAAAUCAUGGUAUUUCUCUGUUCUAGUUUCGUGAGGAAUCUCCCUGCUAUAGUAUGUAGGCCAAACCAGAUGAAAGGCAGCUGUAGCGACUGCCUGGUAGAGAUUAGAAUGAAAGUUAUUUUGUACACAAAGAAUCCACAUACCAGCAUCUGCCGUUGUUUAGUCGUGCCCUCUUUAGUACAGAGAAAUAGGCCAAUCUGACAGACAGGAACAGAGUGUUCCUAACAGGAACCCGAAGAAACAUUGAGACACCGAUAUUUCUCUGCAUUUCAUAUCAGAUCAAAGUAAAAAUAAUAAUAUUAUGCCAUUUAGCAGACGCUUUUAUCCAAAGCGACUUACAGUCAUGCGUGCAUACAUUUAUUUUAUUUUUUUUGUGUAUGGGUGGUCCCGGGGAUCGAACCCACUACCUUGGCGUUACAAGCGCCGUGCUCUACCAGCUGAGCUACAGAGGACCACAAGUCAUAUUUUAGUUUGUAAUUCUAGUAAUUUGUCACCAAUAAUUGUGUACUUUCUCGACUAGUGACUCUCACUCAUCACUACCAAGAGGAAAUGAGAGAACAGAGAACAGAUAAUGACUCUAUGGGAACAGAAGUUCCCUUAAAUGAAGGUCAUGUGGUGGAAACUGAAAAUGUAGGCUUAAGUCAGACAGAAAGCUGAAUAUCUCUGGGUUUUGUAUAAGGAACAGAAUUGGGAUGUUGUGGUUUGGAGGGAGAUGACUGGGGACUCGUGAUUCAUAUUUGGGAUAAUGUAUAGAAUGAGGUCUCAACAAUUAUACAAAAUAACCUCCACCUUUUCUCUCUGUACUCCCCACCCCAAAUCUCUCCCCACCCCACCUCUCACCAUUUCACCUCUCCCCUCUCCACCUCUCCCCUCCUGUGCUGCAGGUCUGCGGGCGUCUCUUUUACUGUCAGCCUUCUUCAUGGUGCUGGGUGCUGCGCUGCGAAGUGUCCCUGUAACAGACCUCCAACUAAGGCGAUGGUAA